CCCUCCCUCUCGAACCCCCGGACCCCACGCGCCGCCGAGCUGCACUCGCAGAGACGCGCGGUACCGGAGCGGCUCCCUUUGGACCGAGACGAUGGCGCGAAGCAGCAGCAGCAGCAGCCACCGCCUCCACAUCCUCCUUCUGUCCCUGGUGAUCACACUCGUGGCCUGGUCCACGGAGGGGCAGUCCUCAGCCGGCUUCGUGAGAUCCCCGCUGUCCCAGUCGCUGCUGCUAGGGGGGACCACGACCCUGCACUGCGAGGUGGUUGGAGUCCCGACCCCAGAGGUUCAGUGGUGGUUCGCCCCGGCCCAGCGGGACAUGAUCAAUGAAGAUGAUGAUGGUGGUGGUAGUGAUGAUGAUGAUGAAGAUGUUGACAACGAUGAAGAUGACGACGACGGUGAUGGCGAUGAAUCUGAUGACGAUAAUGACGUUGAUGGAGAAAAAGCUCUCGGAAGAGAAGCCACCACGGUGACCCAGCAAGAAGAUAUUGCGUCGUCAUCUUCAGCGUCGUCACCUUCAGCGUCGUCACCUUCAGCGUCGUCAUCGUCGCUGCCGCUCAUCCCCUGGCUCUCCGUGACGGACGUCGACCGCGACCCCAGCGAGUUGGGCCCACCGGGGCUUCCGGACCCCCGGGGGGCCGCGGGUGGUCGCCGCCGCCCCCGGCAACGCCACCACGGCCGGACCUUCUCGCAGCUGUGGGACGGAGACCGCGGGGGCCUCGUGUCGCUGGCGACCGCGUACGGUCCCCGCGGCGCGCAGAGCGGCCUCACCCUGCGGGGGCUCGCACAUCGCCACGCGGGUACCUACGAGUGCCGCGCCAGCAACGCGCCCAGGAGGAACCGCCCGCGCGGGGCCGGGACGGGCGCCCGCGGCGGAGAGACCCUCCCCAUCCCGAGAUGGGUGCGAGCGCAGGCGGCCAUCGGCAUCAUCGCCCACCCCGAGAUCAGGACGUCCCCCGCGGUGCAGCUGUCCGGCCAGGAUCAACGUCCCGUGAGCCUGCGCUGCGAGCUGUCCGCGGCCGCGGGGCUCCGCGUGCUGGGCCACGCGUGGCUCAAGGACGGGAGGGCCCUGCCGGGCAGCGAGGACGACUCAGCCAGCCUCACCACCACGUACAGCAUCGAGGUGACGCACUACAGUGCCUCGGGCCUCUACACGUGCGCCUUCCACACCGAGCCACCCGUCAACAGCUCCAUCGCCGUCAAUGCGCCGUUGGUGGUGGAGGCGCCUCGCGCAUCGGAGAGCGCGGACGAGGGGGGCUCCGUGUCCCUGCGCUGUGACGCGCGCACCUACCCACCCCCCGCCACGUGGACCUGGCACCACCAGCAGCACGACGGCACCAUGCAGGUGAUCGGCUCUGUGCGGGACGGGGGGGAGGUUGGUGAGGACUCGGGUACGGGAGACGCGGAGACGGGCCGCGCCGUGGUGGUGGUGUUGAAUGGGGGGCGCCGCUCGGAGCUUCGCCUGGGCCCCCCACUCGUGUCGAGUCGGGACUCGGGGCUGUACGUGUGCAACGCGACUGUGGCCGCGCGGCUCGCUGCCGGUGUGGCGGAGGAGGAGGAGGAGGAGGGGGGGGUCACGGAUGAGGGCCCCGCGUGGGGGUCCGGGCAGGUGUCGCUGCGCGUCAGGGCCCGCCUGGCCGCGCUGUGGCCCUUCCUGGGCAUUGUGGCAGAAGUGGUGCUGCUCACAGGCGCCAUCCUGGUGUACGAGCGCAGGCAGGUGGCCAGGAAGAGGCUCGCCAACGGGGCCGAUGAUGACCCUGUGGCAGCACGAGUUCCCCAGGCGCUUACCGCGGUGAUCAAAAACCUCGACGCUGACGAAAUGAAAAGCGGCGCUGACGCUAGGCACGACUCGGCACUGAGACAGCGCCCCUCGCAGUGAUGCGGUCCCCGUCGUUCCGUUCCAGCCCCGCGACGAGGAGCCUCGAACUCACAGUCGCGUCAAAGCAAAUAUAGACCAAGAAUCACAACAACAGCAACAACAAUAGCAGCAAUUAACGGAUCCGUAUGCGCGUGUGAAAGCUGGGUCACGUGACGUGAGCAGGCUCGUCGCACGAGGGAACAAUCAGCGGGCCCGUAACCGCACCCCGCGAACCGGCCAAGCGCAAGCUUCGGUGAAACCCGAGUGCUCGAUUACUUUACUACAGCUUAAUUGACAAGGUGAUUUAGCGCUAUUUAAUUAAUUAGGGGCCGCCAUUUCCUCCGAGUGUGAAUUGUGACUGGAACUUGCCCCUCUCGGAGUCGAGCCAACCGGGCCCCACCGCGUGCCCGAGACGUAGAGUCGCGCAACGGAGAGGCCACCUCUCAUCGAAACUCCACGUGGCGUUCAUUGGCUCGCGUUUAAUUCCGACCAUCACCCCCUCCCCUACCCAUCCACUCACACCAAUCAAUUCCCCCCCCCCACCCUCCAGCACCACCACCACCACCACGUCCCACAAACUGGCGCAGUUCGGUGGCGUGAUAAGCCGCUGUUUGUGAUGCGGGCCCGACACCCGAUACACGCGCGCGCGACUCUUCCCGAAUGAGACGCAAAGUGACUUUCACUUGCGCGCCAGCCGCGUCGUCGCCGUAUCGACGCUCGUGUUAAGAUGAAAUGCGACCGCGUGCUCGUGCAGACGAGGCACAGAGACAACGACCCCCCCAGCCCCCCAGGUAGCCUUUGACAGGGCAAGUGCUGUUAGUGAGUAGCACCUAUAAGGGCACGGCGCGGCACAAGAGGAGGGGGGGGGGGGGUCUAUGGUCAGCACUACGCCGCGCCGCCUUUGUCUCCCCAGUGCUGAUAUUUACACACCGCACCAGGUACUCAUUUAAUGAUGAGGCGACCUAGGGGUGGCCCGGGACCGGUUCGAAUAUUCGGCACUGGUGAGUGAGCCCGGGUCGUAACGAAGUGAAACUCAGCGCUGCACCACCGCUUCCGUGCAACAACAACAACAACCGCCAUCCGCGGUUAUAUUGCUUGUGCCAGGCUAGGUGCACCUUGAGGCCGUCACAUGAAAUGUCGAAGGCUCGUUGGU